GCGGAAGUCCUUUCGUACUGCGACGAGAAACAUGGCUGCGCUGUUGAGAUCAGCUCGCUUGCUCAAGUUUUCACCUUCGGGUUUGUUUAAAAUCACAAGGUCCAAAAGGAAUGGAUCGCCGCUCAAUCACCUGUACAGCGGACCUGUUGGGAGCGGAAGAAGCGGAGUUUGCUGCCGUUUUACCGGGCGUGCUUCUGAAAAUCCCUGCAGCCGUAUAUGGCCGUACACUGUGGGUUAUGCGCGCAACUAUGUUGUGGCAUCAACACAGACAGAUGAGGCCAGUGUUGCGGUACAGACCAAACAAAUGCAGCUGUUUGACUUUGCCCUGACUAAGCUGGACACCUCUGUGAGGAGGACUGGUCGGAUCACCAAGACCCUGCUAUACAGUGUGUUCCAUGAUAUUCGCAGGACAGGUUGUCCCAGCAGUAAUCAGGCCCUGCUGCUGCUGAGGAGCUGUGGGUCCCUCUUGGCAGAGGUGCUUCCAGAACAGCGCACUGAGCUGGCACAUUCCAUCUGGGAUAAGCUGCAGAACAUGGGUGUAGUAUACGAUGUGAGUCACUACAAUGCCUUGCUUAAGGUUUACCUGCAGAAUGAGUUCAAGUUCUCGCCUGCUGACUUCAUGGAAAAGAUGGAAGCAGCGAAUGUUCCACCUAACAGAGUUACCUACCAGAGACUCAUAGCGGCUUACUGCCAAGAUGGUGACACAGAGGGAGCGAGUACCAUUUUGGGUUUCAUGAAGACCAAAGGUCUGCCCAUCACCGAAGCAGUUUUCAACUCCCUGAUAAAGGGUCACGCUCGCUCAGGAGACAUGGAGAGUGCUAAGAACAUCCUGUCCGUGAUGCGGGGCGCAGGAAUGGAACCUGGUCCUGAAACCUACUUGACAUUAGUUGAUGCCUAUGCUGAGAAGGGAGACAUUGAAAAUAUGAAAAGGACUCUGGAGAUGGCAGAUAAUGCGGAGUGUACUCUGACAGACAGGGACCUAAUGGAGGUGAUCUUCACUCUGGCAAAGACUGGACACCACCAGCACAUCCCAGACAUCGUGUCGCGCCUAAGGCAUGAAAGUGGAUAUGUUCCAGAUGCCAUGAACCUGUGCCUGAGCCUCAUCACCCGCGGCCAAGAAGAUGCUGCUUUCCAGAUUCUGAAGACUUUCCCACUACCACAAUCCUCUAGCCUCAACGCAGACGCCUCCCACCAGGGCAACUUCUUUCUCCGGCACUGUGUCAACAUGGGCACGUCAUCAGAGAAGAUUGGUCACUACUGCAAAACUCUCCAGGAAAUGAAUAUGCAUCCUUCUCCACUCCUCUUCAGUCUGCGCUGCGCCCUGGAGGCCAACAACACUGGUUUGUCUUUGGAACUAAUGAAGAUGGUGAAGGAGCAGGUCAUGCCCAUUAGGCCACACUUCUUCUGGCCUCUCCUCACACACCAUGUGAAAAAUAGACAUGCAGCAGGAGUGAUGGCGGUGAUAAAGAGCAUGCAAAAAAUGGAAGUGUACCCUGAUUCCGAGAUAUUAUCCAGGUUUGUUUUUCCAGUCUUCUCCAGCACAGAGGAGGCUCAGCAGGCCUUGAAGGAUUUAGGCAUCUCUCCGGAGUCUGAGGAUUUCUUGUCUUUACACCUUCGCUCGCUCGCAUUGAGUGACCUGGACCAACUCUACACCACAUUGUCUAACCCGUCCUUCCCACAAGUGCCCCUCAUACUUUUCCGUGGCAGCCUCAUCCAGAGCUUCAAAGAGUCUUCAGAUGUAGAGAUCAUGGCUAAGAUUACUGAGCUGCUGUACAGAGACCAACGUUUCAGCACAAUGGAGUCUCCAGCUAUUGAAACAGAAUACUUCUUGUACCAAGUGGUCCGCAGCAUAUUGCAGAAGCGAUCGGACGGUGACAAAGACCUGCUGAGGAAUUUCUUCAACCAGUUACAGACCAAGGGCAUAAAAAUCUCUUUGAACAUCUUCAGAGGUAUCAGGAAGAAUCUGGAAUCUCACCAGCUUCCAAUGCUUGUUGAGCAUGCGAAGGCUUUGGUGAACAGUGAAGACCUGACGCUCAAUGCCAAGUCCUUAGAUCCUACUUUCACUGAACCUGCGAAGCGGAAAGCAUUCCUGGUGAAGAAGCUGGCCCAGCUGAAAGCUCAUAACGAAUCAGUGAGAAGUGAACUCAAGCAGGCCAUACAUAUCCUCUGUGUUGAGGAGAACCUGCAAGGAGCUCUGGAACUGAUGCGGCAGUAUGAAGAAGACAUGACGGCUAACGCCUACAUCGACCUCAUCACCCUUUGCUGUCAACAAAACAAUAUGGAGGAGGCGCUCAACCUGAAGAUGAAGCUGAGGCUCAUGGACACUGCAAUGAGCCACAGGCAAUUCCUCAACUUGGUCAGUGCUUUUGCCAUGAGUGGCCAGGUGGAGGAGGCAAUAGACUUCCUGAAGGAUAUGAAAGAGAAGGAGAUGACGAUUGAUGACAGCCAUAUCAGAUUGCUCUUUAGCAUUCUGAGCAUUGUAGCAAACAAGAAUGACCCCGAUGUCGUCCGACAGCUCCUAGACACCAUCUUUGCCUUAGGACUCACCAAGCCUACUCCCAAUAUCUGCAACACGCUGAUUACUGCCUACCUGAACAGGGAGGACUUGGAUGGAGCUUUGGAAGCAGCGCUAUAUUGUCACAAGAGAUAUGCGUUCGUACCUAACUUGAACAACAUCUUCAUUGAGCUGAUCACCAAAGGAGACACCAAACUACUGGAGAAAGCAAUGGACUUUGUUACCCAUGUGCGAGGCGAAAGGGCCAUGCUGUAUGACCUGUUCUUCGCUUUUUUGGAAACGGGUCGCUACAACGAAGCUCAAAAGAUCAUUGAGACCCCGGGGCUGAGGGCAGUGCAAGGACGCCUAAAUUGGUUUGCAGAGAAAUGCAUCGCUGCCAAAAAGACGGAGGCCUUGGAGAAGAUGGUGGAGAUGACAGCGAAGCUGUUUGAGUGUGACCGAGAUCAGAUGUUCAGAUAUCUCCUUCAGCUUUACAAGAAUAAAAAUGAUUGGCAGAAGGCGGAAGCAUUGUGGACAAAGAUGCAAGAGGAGAACGUUGUUCCCAGGGAGAGCACCAUGAGCUUGCUGGCUGAUAUCUUGAAGGCCAAUAACAAGGAGGUGCCGUUCCAGCUGUCUGAGACCUGGUACAGUCAAGAUGCUGGGAAGGAGGAGAGUGAGCCAGUGAAAAAUGUUCAACUUUACCAGAUUUCUAUACUGGCACUAUGUAAGAAAGGCAAAGCCAAAGAAGCCUUCGAAAGUCUGAAGGAAUGUCAAAGAAAGGGGAUUGAAUUAUCCAGCAGUGUUCACGACCAUGUGAUCCGCUCACUGUUGGCGCACAAAUUUUAUGAUGAGGCCAUGGAAGUCCGUGACAUUGCUAAAUCUCACACACCAAGAUUCCAGCUUUCUGACAUCGCCUGCUCCCUGGCCAUCAUCACACUCAGCAAGAAAGGCAGGACAACAGAGGCCAUGGAGUACCUGAUGUCCAUGCUGAAGGAGGACCACAUGCCCACACCACUCGCUGUUGCAAAUUUGGUUCAGGCUUUUGGUAGCAAAGGCGACCUGGCAGGUAUCCAGGAAGUAGAGUCGCUAGUACAGAGCUUCGGCAUGACGAGCAUCUUACCCAGCAUCGCAUUCAUCAACAACAAGGCCUUGGCACACGUCAAGAAUGGUGAUCUGGAUGCUGCAGUUGAGGUGUUGGAGGCCGUCUACACCAACCCAAACACCACACACCCCAGUAUGGCCUUUGUCUUCAGAAAGCUCUUUGAAGAUGGCAGUGACAAAGCCAUAGACAAGUUGAGUGCUAUGGCAGAGCGGCUGGCCAACCAAUUCGCCUGCUACAGAGCAGCCGUAGACCUUUUCUUGGAGAUGGUGGACCUAAACAAGGUCGAGGACGCCAGGUUGCUGCUGGAGCGCUGUAAAGCUGUGGCUGAACAGAAGGUGCCACUGAUAUCCUUUGUGGCUAAAAAAUCGCAGAAACCUGGAGAGACUGAGAAAGUCAAGAACUUGCUGAGCCUGGUUCCAUACUCCAUUGACAGGAAGGUGCAGUGUCAGUACCUGAUAAAAUGUUACGCUGUGAAUAAUGAUUUGCCGUCAGCGAAGGCUCUGUACAAGCAGAUGUUAAAUGAAGGGGUGGACGCAGAGGAGCUGACGCUCAAACGGCUGGCGACACUUUACCGUGAUGCAGGAGAGACGGCACCAUUCCCCGAGCCCCCUAAAUCAUUUAAGUUUUAUGCAGACAAGUUGAAGUCUAAAUCUGUCAGCAGAGAGACGACGUCUGAGCAAUGAAGAUCUGUUCACCGCCCGGCUCCUCACAUUGCUUCCUUCCCAUGUUGUUUUUUUAUGCUGGCCAUUUAGCUGAAAUGUUACGUUAUAAAAAUGGAUGUUAGGCAGUCUGUCCACGAUGCCAGUGAAGAUGAUGAUGAUGACUGUGUCCAGAAGUGUUUAUGGUAUUAAAUCAGGAUUCUACACCUGA